AGUGUAUGGCUGGGAAUUAUGGUGCCAACUGCACACUGUUUUGUUCUAGAUUAUGUAAGGACCAUGACUGUGAUAAAACCAGUGGUCAGUGUCGAGCAUGUAUGAACGGCCAACCACCCAACUGCACAGACUGCCCAGGAGGGACGUAUGGCUCUAAGUGUAGCUUGACCUGCCCUCAGUUCUGUGACUACAAUAUAUGCGAUAUCCAUCUGGGACAGUGUUUUGGCUGUCAGGAGGGGAAAAUAUUGCCUUUCUGCCUAGACCUAGAUUUAUCAGUGGAUCCUGCAGCGUACCACUUCAGACCUAAUCCUUUUUGGCUGACAUUGAUUGUACCCCCACUGGUUGCUCUAUUCGCCUGUUUAUUCGUCAGACGAAAGAAAUCCACAAGGGAGCACGCAGAGCGCGCAGGUUUAUAG